AUGGCGAUCUCCAGCAUGGGCACGGCGAUGAUCGCCGUGGGGGCAAUCUGUCUGGUUGCCAACACCCUAUUCGUUGGCCUCCGCCUCUAUACUCGGAUGUUCAUCAUGAAAUCCCUUCGGUUCAACGACGCUCUGCUUUUUGUUGCACUGGGCGCGUUCGGAGCUCUCUUCGGCCUCAUUGUCCUGGGGGUCCAGGGCGGCAUUGGCGGGAAAAUUCUUGACACCACCAUUGAUGGGAUUUCCCUCGUCCUCAAGGUCCUCUUUUUCCUGGAAAUCAUCUACGUAGUACUCACAUCCGCCAUGAAAGGGAGUAUCGCUCUCACCUUCAUCCACCUAUCGCGCUCGAGGCUUCUGACGUCCCUUUUUUGGGUCUCCAUUGCCAUGGACUUCGCCAUCAGCGCUGCUUUCAUCAUCUAUUUGCUCGUCCAAUGCAAACCUAUCGAUUAUGCCUGGAGAAUGCUGGACGCAAAAGCCAAGGGGACGUGUCUUCCGCUCAUAGGACAGCUAUACAUGGGGUAUGCGUUGUCGAUCGUGACGGCGGCUCUGGACAUACUGUUGAUGGUCUCGCCGUGGAUCAUGAUGAGAGGCCGAGGACUGAACCCAACGCUAAAGCGGUACAUCUAUGGUAUAUUCGGGUUGGGGAUUUUCGCAACGAUCGCGAACAUCAUUCGUCUUGUGGCACUCGUCAAACUCAAGAACUCGAAUGACCAGCUUCUGGACGCAGCGCCUGUUUUCAUGUGGUCUGCCGUCGAGGUUAGCAUUGGAAUAGUUAUUGCUGGAUUGAUCGAACUCGGCCCGCUUGCCGCCAAACUCGGAUUGAAGGGCUUCGAGUCCUAUGCCCGCCUGGACGACUUCCACAUGCCGACGAAGCCUAUCAGUGGACCAAUCAUUGAGGAGUACGAAAUGGGUAGGGGCAAGAUUUGA